UAUUCUGUUUAAUUAACAAAUUUCAAUAAAAUGAGCUAGUGUUUUAUUCAUAAAAUGGCUGAAAUCAAGACAGAAUAUUCAUAUCUGCUAGCAUGUCGUAUUUGUCUCGCGACGGAUAUUAAACUGUUUGGAAUAUACGAACACCAACUCGAAGAAACUUUUGCUGGUGUGAUGGGGACAACGUUGUCAGCGUGGGACGGGUUGCCACAGUAUGUGUGCUCCUGCUGUCGGGCCCUUCUUCUCAAAAGCUCUGCGCUCCGGGGGCGAUGCCACCGAGCCCAGGACUUACUCAAGGAAAUGCUGGCUCACCAACAAUUUUUAACAACAGACAUCAUACGGACCAUAGACAGAAUAUCCAACCAGCUCUCACUGCACCUAGCCAUAAACAAUCGAGACCAACCAAUAGAAAUCAUAUAUGACGAAGACCAUAAAGAAUACAUAGAAUUUAAAGACAAUGAACCACCUAUAGUAGAUGAUGUUUUCAAUGAUGAUCAUGAUUUAGAUGACGAUUAUGAUAUACCAUUAAAACAAAUAGAGAAACGAAUAUCUCCUGAAAAAGAACCACCGAAGAAAAUAUUAAGAAAACGGAAAGUAGUCAAAGAUGUUAAAAAGAGUAAAAAUGUUAAAAAAGUAGCAAAAAUAACUAUUAAAAAAAGGAAAAUGAAAGAGAAUGAGAUAGAAGAUAAAACAGAGACUUAUAAGAGAAAGAAGAAGGGAUUCAAAAGGUUUUUCAGUUGCGAAGACGACUAUGUUAAGUUUGAGAAUAAAUAUAAUAUCAGUAUAGUUAAGGUGAGCGAAGAGGAGCAACAACUUGACAUGGCGGCCCGCAAGCAAUCUGCCAACUACUUGCGCGCGCUGCUGCGCUGCGGCAAGUGCCACAAGGGCUUCCUCUCUGAAGCCACGUUUGAGAACCAUCAGAAAGUGCACGACCCGGUGAGCGGAGAGAAGCGACAACGUGGCAUGGCAGCGCGGAAGCAGUCGGCCAACUACUUGCGCGCGCUGCUGCGCUGCGGCAAGUGCCACAAGGGCUUCCUCUCUGAAGCCACGUUUGAGAACCACCAGAAAGUGCACGACCCGAUAAUGGGUUCCAACGAGUGUCAUCUCUGUUUCGCGCGUUUCAAGCACCCGACACGCUUGCGACGACACAUGGAAACGCACACACUCAAGUUCAUAUGCAAGCUCUGUCCCCUCGUCACUAGACACAGAGGCAUGGCGAUGAUGCAUUCCGACUUCCACUCAGGCAAAACGUUCGAGUGCAAAUACUGCGGUCUCACGUUCAAGAAGAAGACGACGUUCAACACGCACAUUCGUGUGCAGCACCCUUUAGAGAACGCGUCCGGCGGCGCAUGCGACGUGUGUGGAGAGACCUUUAUCGGGAAGCGCGGGCUGCAGCAGCACAAGACCAUGGCUCACAGGAAGAUGCCAAUCAAAGAGCUGAAGUGUUCGGUGUGCGGCGUACAGUUUGAGAACCUGGACGCGGUCGUCAAACACUCGGCCAACGGAUGCGACCCCAAAUUGAGAGCGUGCGAGCAGUGCGGCGACGCGUUCGACACGGGCGAGGAGCUCGCAGCGCACGCGGAGAGCGCACACGUCAAGCCGGUAUACAAAUGCGACGAUUGCGAUAAAACGUUCGCGACCAAGUCGUCUCUGGGCACGCACGUGGAUCGCGUGCACCUCAAGAUAAAGCCGAAGAAGAGCGGACUCUACCAGCACCAUCUCUACCCGAAGAGGACGCAGAUCAAGCGCGUUGAAGAGAUCUGUGAGGUGUGCGGGAAGGGGUAUCCGACAGACAGACAGACAUGUUACAAGAGCGGCCUCUACCAGCACCAUCUCUACCCGAAGAGGACGCAGAUCAAGCGCGUUGAAGAGAUCUGUGAAGUCUGCGGGAAGGGCUAUCCGAGCUCCACAUGGUUGAAGUACCACCAGCGCACGCACACAGGGGAAAGGCCGUACAAAUGUCCGUCGUGUCCGAAAAGCUACAUGACUCCCGCCGCGCUACAGAGCCACUCGGUGUCUCAUACGGGCGUGCGGCGCUGGCAAUGCUCGCUGUGCCCGAAGACCUUCCUCCACCAAUCCUCCAUCUACAAACAUAAACUGGUACACACAGGUGAAAAACCAUUCUCAUGCCACAUAUGCAGUAAAACCUUCACGCAGUCGGGCUCGCUCGCGACGCACGUCAAAUACGUGCACAUGAAGCUCAAGCCGCCACCGCGACGCCGGAGACACCAGCCUACGUAGUGCCAAUAGAUGUGCAGUAACACAGAGGAGAAAACAUAAGAGUGUGAUCGCUGUAAAACCUUCGCUUGCCACGCACGUCAAAUACGUGCACAUGAAGCUGAAACCACCUCCGCGAUGCCGGUGACGAGGCUGGAGGUGGCAACGGAGACAUUAGCAUACGUCGUGCCAAUAGACAUGUAGUAACACAGGUGAGAAAACAUACGAGUGUGAUAGCUGUAUAUGAAGAUGAAACCCGCGUGGUUGUCACGAAACAGGAUUUAUGUAGCAAUAAAACCAUAUUUAUGUAUAAUAUUUGCAACAGAAACUUCAACGACGAAUAUUGCCAGCCGUUAGACUUAUAUUGACCGGGAUAUAGACCGUGAUUACCUUUUUGAUUUUUGUCGAGCUCCCGAUAUUUCGACGCAGCUGCAUGCAUCAUGAUCACGGAAAACUGACGAAAGCGGGUGGAUAUCCCGGUCAAUUUAAGUCCAAUGAAAAUAACCGUGAAUCAUUCAAAGCUUUUAUUGCCAGCCCUUCCCUACGUUUUGAUAAGGGCUUAAUAUUUUUUUGUAAAUUAAUGCUAAAAGUCACAGCUAUGGCAAGAUUCAAACCGUGUUCAAGUAGGAGUUUUUCAUAAAUUUAAAUUUUGUGUUAUUACUCAUUGCCGAACAUUGCCUUAAACCGAGAAGCGUGGAAGAAAGAGAGGGAGGCCUUUGCCCAGCAGUGGGACACAACAGGCUAACAAAUAAAUAAAAAUAAUACUCAUAUACGUUUCUGCUUAAUAUAAUAUUUUUAGGGCUAGAACGCACUACAUUCCUACCCGCUGUGCGGCUCGCAAUAUUAUUGAUGAAUAAAUUAGGAGUGUUUCAGUGUAUACAUAACAUGAGUGCAAUAAUAAUAAGGCAAACUGUACCCUUUUUACUUCAAUAUCAGAGCGAUUGGACAUUAUUUUAAAUGUACAGUCUUAGUAUUUAGUUUAAACAUGCGCAAAUGUAUCUAAAUAAAUGA